UCCCAGCCUGUCAUCUGCAACACCUGCGGCUACAAACGAAUCCGAAAGGCCAUCGCCGAAGUCCGAAAUGCGACUAUCAUCGAAAAACCCUCGAUUUCUGCUCAACCC